GCAAGAUUAUCUUGUGAUCGGCGCAGUUAUGUCGGUCUCCAUCAUUAUCGGACUCUAUUAUCGAUUCAGCGGUGGUCGACAAAGUACUGCCACGGAGUACUUCUCCGCGGACAAUUCAUUAGGUGUCUUACCCCUCUCGAUCGCUAUGAUGGCCUCCCAUGUAUCAGGAAUUACUAUGCUCGGAAUGAGCGGGGAAACUUACAUUCGCGGCCUGAUCGUUGCGUUAAUGUAUGCUGCCGGCAUUUUCACCGUACCGAUCAUUGCCACUUGUUAUUUACCAGUCUUCUUUGAGAUAAAAGUCGUAAGCAUCUAUGAGUAUCUCGAAAAGCGAUUUGGAUUGUACUUGCGGUUGCUCGUAAGCGCGGCUAAUUUCUCUGAGACGAUGUUACUGACCGGAGUGAUGCUGUAUGCUCCUUCCUUAGCUCUCGAAGCUACGACGGGUUUGUCUAGUACCAUGAGUAUUUUAUUACUCGCUGUAAUAUGUACUUCCUAUUCCACGUUGGGUGGCAUCAAAGCGGUUUUGAUCACCGACAUCUUCCAGGGCUUGCUUAUGUUAAUUGCUCUUAUUAUCAUCAUCUUCAUCGUCACCCAAAACAUCGACGGAGGAAUCGAUAGCAUUUGGCGUAUCGGCAAAGAGGGCAAUCGUAUAAAUUUCUUUGAAUGGACUACAGAUCCAACUGUGCAAUACACAGUAUGGAGUACUUUAAUUGGAGGAGGAUUAAUACAUCUAGCCUAUGUUGCAGUGAAUCAGGUGCAAGUUCAACGUUUGAUGACCGUUAAAAACGUAAAAGUAGCUACGCAUGCACUGUUUCUGUGUGGCCCAUUCAUCUUACUAGUAGGCUUUUUAACAUGCUUCACCGGAUUGUCAAUUUAUGUGAGGUACAAAGAUUGCGAUCCCGUAAUGUCCAAAAAAAUUUCAACUUAUGAUAAAAUAUUGCCUUAUUUCACCGUGGAGAACUUAUCACCUGGAGUGGUUGGUCUCAUCGUUUCUGGUAUCUUCAGCGCCAGCCUAAGCACGAUUUCCGCUAUGAUGAAUUCAUUAGCCGCGGUAGCGCUCGAGGAUUAUGUGAAGCCACUACACCGAAAAUUUGGAAUAGAUUUUUCUGACAAUAGAGCCACUUUCAUAGCUAAAUCUCUUACCGUUUUAAAUGGCGUUAUUUGCAUGUUUUUAGCAUUAAUAGCAAAGACAAUGGGCUCGCUAGCAACUGUUGCUUUUAGUAUUCAUGGCUCCAUCGGAGGACCGAUUUUAGGUAUUUUUACUCUUGGAAUGUUCAGUGAGAGUGCUAACGAGAUUGGAACUAUUAUUGGCAUGAUUACGGCGCUCUGCGUUUGCUUGUGGGGCUCUUUUGGGCGACCUAAACCACCAAUUCCACAGUUACCAGUGUCGAUCGAAGGUUGCGCAAAUUCUACAGCAUUAAUGUUUGCUGAACAAAUGAAUUUUAACAGUACUGUACAACCAGAUCAAUCGUCAUACUUCUAUUUAUACCGUAUCUCUUAUUUAUGGUAUAAUCCUAUGGGACUGACAAUUACACUAGUAGUUGGAUAUGUAGCAAGUAUUAUAGUUCGACUUAUCCAAGGCAGAAACAACAUUGAACACGAUCCAAGUUUGUUUACGCCAUUCUUGGCUGCCAGGAUUAGACGGCGACGUCAGGACGCACAAAAAACCACGAACAGUCAACUAUUCGUUUUGGAACCUAGCCGUAUAAGAUGA